AUGAACCAAGAUCAAGCGGAAGCAUCAGAACAGCAACCGCCAUUGCUUGACUACGCGUGUACACAAUGGAGAGCCAGUUCUCAGAGUGUAGCAGAUCUCUACCAUUCGGGCGCUAAGCUCUGGAAGAAGAGUGAUCUUGAGGAUAUAGAGAGACAACUGGAGCAGUCGCAUGAUCUUGAUAGAUUUACUCUGAGAGCCAUCGACGACAAGGAAGUUCAGAUCAAGAAUCCCAUGUUCGGUGUAGAGCGACCGAUCUGGAGACCCUAUGUAAAGUUUUAUGACUACUGGUCGCUGACACUAACACGGCCCACCGAAAAGCCUGAACGUCCUGCCGAGCUAUCUCACUGCUCAUACAAUAUCAGCUGGAGAAACACAGUGGACCAUGACUUCCGUGGCGACAUUGAGGACUGGCAGGACCUCUACGAGACCAGGAGGCAGCUCUGGAACGCGAGUAUUACUUGCAAGCUACUAAAAGCAAAACUGAGCAAGCUCCUAUUUGAGGGUCAGCAGCUUCACACACGGAAGAUAUCCAAAGUCCUCUGCUUUGCACUCGGGGAUUUCGCCCUCACGCAUUACUUCCAGGGGGACUCUUCACCCGAUGUCAACUCUGCGUGCCCCAUGACACAACACCUCAUGGCACUGACAAUCGCAGGAGAAAUCAGGAAAUAUAACCCCAGUGUACGAUUGAUCACGCAGGAUCCCCAAUACAGGGACUGCACAGCCAGCUUCCUACGUGAAAAAGGGUUCGAAGUGAAGGGGAGGUUUGGGGCCAGCGCCUUUGCGGAGCUCGAUGACGACUCUCUGGUGAUUACCGCAUAUCCCGCAGCGCCCAUCAGGCAGAUCGUUGCCGACUUUGCCCGACCCCCGAUGAUUAUUUCUACCUACUGGGAUCACAGGCGUACAAUGAACUCGGAUAAUAAGCCUUUUAUAGACGUGGACUCUCCCCGGACCAAGGAGAUGUGGCUGGCCUAUGACAAGUGUGAGCUGCCUACAGCAGAAGUCGAGCGCGAUCUGAUGGAAGGAGUCCGCAACCUGUUUAUCUUUGCCCGGAAAGAUUCAACGGUCUUGCCAUUUCCCUAG